UUUCAAAGUGCUUUACACAUUAGAACAUACAGUAACAAAUUACGAAACAAGCAAUAAAUGUUACAUCUUGCCACAAGCCAUCUUCAAGAAAAUAUACAUCAAAUAAAUUGAUCAAUGUUCCGCUUACUACUAAUCAGAAGUAGAUCUAAACAGGUGUGUUUUUGGCCUGGAUUUAAAGGAACUCAGUGUUCCAGCAUCUUUGUGGUUUUCUGAAAGUUUGUUCCAGGUUUAUGGUGCUUCUCCCAUGUGUCGAAUUUUGAGGAACAAAAAAAAAGUGAAACCAGUUAAGGCAUUUCUUAAAAAAUUUUAUUAACUUAUAAAAAAAAUAAAGGCUGUAACAAAAAACGUGGAUAACUGUGAAUACUUUCUGGAUACACUGUACCUCACCUUUUUAAAAACACUUAUCUGAUAGUCCAUAUGGCAGUACAUUUCCUAUUACCAACAGUGCUGUUGUUGCAGGAAUCAUUAGGCUAACACUGAAUGGAAACCAACAUCAGUCACUGAAAGACAGCCAGCUGCCUGACCUGACAUAAAGGCCUGUGUGUAUUUUGGCAGGUGGUUUUGGGAUAAAAAACCUGACGUGUCUCUGAUAAGAAAUGGGUCUGUGCGUGCGCCACGUUGUCAAACAGAAGCCUGGCUGCUGGAUCGACCCUUCAUUCAUUCUUCUUUUCCAAGAGACAGAGGACAACACCCGAGGUCAGCCAUGUCUGGACUUAACGCAUCACUUGGGUACUUUCUAUCAGUGGUAAUUUUUGCGGUCUUGGUCAAAACGCUCUUCAGAAAAUGGCCUCGGUUUAGCUUUGUGUCCGAGUUCACAGCCUCCUUCAUGCUGGUGGCGUGCUGGCUGGAGAUACAGACCAUCGUGGAGGUGGGCCAGUGGGCCGGGGGCCUGGGCCAGGAUGUGACUGUGACCAUGCUGUUUGUGCUGCUGCUGACUCACGGCGUGCUCUGCGCCGGAACAUCGGGGAAUCCCAGCCUGGUCGUGCAGAAGUUCCUGCAGCUGGAGGCCGGCGCUCUGCCCACGGCGCUCGCUGUCGCAGCCCAGUUCGGUGGGGCUCACCUGGCCGUGCUGGCAGCCAGGUACUACUGGAGCCUGGAGUUGACCGACAUGCACAUGAUCAAAAACCUCAUGUGGAGAGAAUGCGGCACAUCCCUGCUGGUCUCCGUGGUUCAAGGCUUUUUUACCGAGUGUGCCUGCGCGCUCGUCUUUCAUCUCAUCCAGUUAAAUCUGAGACGCAGGUCGGUCCUGAUUCGGGUACCCCUGAUCGCAGUUCUACUCACUUUCUUCUCUCAUGUCGCCAGGAGCUACACCUCUGCUUUCAUGAACCCAUCUCUGGCUUAUGGACUCACCUUCCACUGUCCUGGAUUUACCUUCAAAGAAUAUGCAGUGGUCUACUGGCUGAGCUCUCUCACAGGGAUGAUGUUGGCUCUUCUCCUUUACAUGGGCCACAUUCCCAGGCUUUUUGCCAAGAACCUUCUGUAUUUCCAGAAGACACGCUUCAGAGUGCCGAAAGGAGACAAACCGGAAAAGAAGAAAAAGUGACAGAUGGCAAUAGGAAAAAAGACUAUUACAAGAAAUGGUCAAUGGUAAUAAGAGCUUUACUUUAACUCAACAGCAAUGAUACAUUAUGUGAAAUAUUCGGAAAUAAGUUUAAAAAACAAAACAAAAAAAUGAAGCUUCAUCUUUGUUCUCUAUAUUUAGACAAAAGAAAAACUUGUGGAAACAUUUGUAAUUUGCAGCAUGUAUCAAGUGAAAUAAAUUAAAUGAAAAAAAAUUAUUAGCCACUAGAUUUAUCCAAAGUAUGCGUUCUAUUUAGAAAAAUAAAACAUAACAACCUAUGAGCUGGUAGAACUCUGAGCGUCAUGUGUUUUCGAAGACUGGGACCCAUCAGCUUUUGGGCAUUUAGGCUGAUUUUUAGCUGAAGGGCCUGGAUCUGCAAGAAAGGGUGCAAACGUUCCAAAAAUUAUUUUAGUAAUAAAAUUCAAAAAAUAAAAUUUUACCAAUAAAAG